AUGGCUACGAAGAAGGAAGACGAUGGCUUUCCGACGCCCCAAAUCCCCCGUUCCGAGGUUCCCGGCCCUCCCAGCAUAAUUUCCUCUCGGAUGACGGACAUUGCCAGUGAAGAUGGACACGAGAUGGACACGAACCAGCACAGAAUGAGUCUGCCAAAGAGCGUAGACGUGGGAUCCCGACCUGGUACUGCUCGCACUGGAGCCUCUUCCAGGGGCGCAUGGCAAGGUCAAUCGCCGCGAAAGAACUACGUCGCUGGUGUCGCAGCCAAGCGUCGAAGUACUGCCAGCACUACCGCUGGAUCUACCAGCCAGACCCCGAGUCUUUCCAACCGCAGCCAUGUCCCUUCACUGACAUCGCACGCCUUCUUCCGCCCUAUGAGCUCCCAGAAGCUGCAGGCCCAGCGAGGUGGCCCACCGCGUCCGCCCACCAUGAGCCAACAAACGACGACUUUCGACGACAAUGCGACCGAUCUGGGUGGUAGUGUGGCACGCCAUAGCAUCAACUCGAACCCGAUUGCCCAGGUCCAGCGUACUCUGACAGACGAGGAGAACAUGCGACCUCCGCCAUCCAGAGGCACCGAGAUGACCGAGCAAGAAACCUUGGACCGAAUCACAGCAAAUACGAGCCCGAGCCAUGGUCACUAUCCUGCGGGAAGUUUGACGGAUAGCGUCCGUCCCCUGCAAGGCAAACUAGAUCACAAACAAACCAUGCAGCACCGGAUCAACGUCGACAAGAGUUACAGAGAUAUGGGCAAUCUACCUAGCCCUAUGAAAUCCCCCCGAUCAUUCCGAUCUAGCUUCCUCAUCCCGACCAAAGGCGACCCAGGACAAAGCCUCCCAAACCGAAGUACCGAGGGCGCCGAGAAGCUCCCAUCGUCAGCGUCGUCACCGCAGCUUCGACCAAUGGAUUCGCAAGGAGAACGACCACAGAGGGCUCCCCAGCCGCAGACUCAACAACCCAAUCUCGGCCGCGUGCACCAGUACUUUGAUGGAAACACCAUAUUCUGCCUAGGUGGCCGAUGGCAGAACACCAGACAACGGCCUAUCAACGUUGCCACCGGCUUCGCCAUUGUUAUUCCCUGCGCCCUCUUCUUCGCCUUCGAGGCUCCAUGGCUAUGGAAGAAUAUUUCACCAGCAAUUCCAGUCGUCUUUGCCUACCUCGCCUACAUCUGCUUCUCCUCAUUUAUCCACGCCUCUGUUUCAGAUCCAGGAAUUCUCCCGCGAAAUCUUCACCGGUUCCCGCCCUUGGACGAGGAGGAUGAUCCCCUGCGGCCCGGCCCACCUACUACCGACUGGGCUCUAAUCAAAUCAGCCGAGUCCAACACGGCGGCCAUGGAAGUCCCAGUUAAGCACUGCCGAACUUGCAACAUCUGGCGGCCGCCGCGUGCUCACCACUGUCGCCUCUGUGACAACUGCAUCGAGACCCACGACCACCACUGUGUGUGGCUCAACAACUGUGUCGGAAAACGAAACUACCGAUAUUUCUUUACCUUUGUUACCUCUGCCACGAUUCUCGCUGCCUACCUCAUCGGCACGAGUCUCCUCCAGAUGCUCACUUACAAAAAUCGCGAGGGCGUUUCAUUCACCAAAACCAUGCAGCAUUUUCCUGUUCCCUUUGCGCUCAUCAUUCUCGGUUUCAUCUUUUUCCUCUAUCCUGCCGCGUUGAUGGGAUAUCACAUCUUCCUCACGGCCCGUGGCGAGACGACACGGGAGUACAUGAACUCCCACAAGUUUAUCAAGAAGGAGCGGUUCCGGGCGUUUACUCAGUCCAACAUUGUCCGGAACUUCAUCGUCGUGAUGUGCCGUCCCCGGCAACCAACCUACUACCGGUUCAAGGGCCAAUACCAAGACGGUGACCAGCGUCUGGGCAUCCGGAGGGACAAGCGCCCUCGAACCGACUCUUUAGAGUUAGGCAGCGUGAAGCCGGCGGCGCCCAGUUUCCAAGGCCCGGUGUCAUUGAGGUCCGAAACCCAUGGGUAA